AUGCUAGAAAAUAGUAAGCAAGGAAAUAUAAAGCAAUUGAAAGCCAUAAAUAUUAAGAGUCCAGAAGUUUCAAUAGUUCUUAUUCUGGAGGUGGCGGUGGCGGAUAUUGUGUUGGGUAUUCCGGAGGUGGAGGUUGAGGAUGUUCGUAAUUUGAUGGUUCAAAAAAAUAAUAAAAAUUUCCCAACUUCCCAACAACAAAAACUAAUUGUAAAUUCAAUUUUUUCAUCGAUUUUCCAUAAUCGUAAAUUUCACUUGAAAACUAAUGAUAAUCGUAAUAAAAAAUAUGAUGAUUUGAUUUUUCCAUCAAAUAAAUUUAUUAUAAAUGAUCAUGCAAUUGAUAAAAAAUAUAUCACUUCUUUGGGGAAAACUCAAGGUCGCUUAGUUAUUCUUGGAUCGGGAUGGGCAGGAUAUAAAUUACUCAGAGAUAUAGAUACGAAGCAUCACGAAGUAAUAGUUAUUGCUCCAAGCACACCAUUACUUGCUUCAUCAUCGGUUGGAACUUUGGAAUUUAGAUGCAUAAUGGAACCUAUAAGAAGAUAUUCACCCAAGGUACAAUAUUAUCAAGCUUACGCCGACCGUGUUGAUUUAAAGGAACAAAUACUUUACUGUACUUCAAAUCUUGAACGUAACACAGAAAAAUUCAAGCUUGAAUAUGACACAUUGAUAAUAGCUGUUGGUGCAAAUUCAAAUACAUUUGGUAUACCUGGUGUCGGCGAAUACGCCUUAUUCUUAAAAGAUGUGUCCGAUGCUCGUAGAAUACGUCAACUUGCAAUUUACGGUAAACCAUUUAUUAGAGCAGCAAAGGAUACUUGGAGAUUAGUUAAGGAACAUGGAUUUGGCGAAUUAUUUGUGCAUCGUAACGUAGCAAAUCAAUUCAAACCCGAUGACACCAAUUGCAUGUCAGUGUUAGAAUAUGCUGUCAAAGUUCUGAAAGUUUCUCACAUUGUUGUUUGUGGUCAUACAGGUUGUGGUGGGGCCAACAAUUGUUUUAAUCAAGAACUUGAUCCUAAUCUAAUAAAAUGUGACGAAGUUCAACAUAAAUUGGUCAAAGCUAAUGUUGUGAAACAAGUGGAAAAAAUUAGUGAAAAUCAUCUCGUUAAAUCUGCUAAACAUAAAAUACAAGUUCAUGGAUUUGUUUUUGAUUUAAAAGAUGGCUUAUUAGAAGAUUUGAAGCUAAAACGAAUCUAUUUUAUAAUUUUAGUGGUUCAAAAAAAUAAUAAAAAUUUCCCAACUUCCCAACAACAAAAACUAAUUGUAAAUUCAAUUUUUUCAUCGAUUUUCCAUAAUCGUAAAUUUCACUUGAAAACUAAUGAUAAUCGUAAUAAAAAAUAUGAUGAUUUGAUUUUUCCAUCAAAUAAAUUUAUUAUAAAUGAUCAUGCAAUUGAUAAAAAAUAUAUCACUUCUUUGGGGAAAACUCAAGGUCGCUUAGUUAUUCUUGGAUCGGGAUGGGCAGGAUAUAAAUUACUCAGAGAUAUAGAUACGAAGCAUCACGAAGUAAUAGUUAUUUCUCCAAGCACACCAUUACUUGCUUCAUCAUCGGUUGGAACUUUGGAAUUUAGAUGCAUAAUGGAACCUAUAAGAAGAUAUUCACCCAAGGUACAAUAUUAUCAAGCUUACGCUGACCGUGUUGAUUUAAAGGAACAAAUACUUUACUGUACUUCAAAUCUUGAACGUAACACAGAAAAAUUCAAGCUUGAAUAUGACACAUUGAUAAUAGCUGUUGGUGCAAAUUCAAAUACAUUUGGUAUACCUGGUGUCGGCGAAUACGCCUUAUUCUUAAAAGAUGUGUCCGAUGCUCGUAGAAUACGUCAACGUGUCAUUGAAUGUUUCGAACAUGCAAGUCAACCAAUGGUUAAUGAAGAAGAAGCUUUUGGUUUAUUGCAUUUUGCUAUUGUUGGCGGUGGUCCUACCGGUAUAGAAUUCAGUGCCGAGUUACACGAUUUCAUCACAGAAGAUAUGGCAAGACUUUAUCCCAGUUUAAUAAAUUCGGUUACAAUGACAGUCUACGACGUUGCACCACAAAUCCUUGGGUCUUUUGAUCAAUCACUUAGAGACUACGCAACAAAAAAGUUUACGAGAAAAGGUAUAAAAAUUAGAACCGGUCGUAAAGUAUUGGAAGUUAAACAACGUCACAUGGUCAUAAAUGAAGAUGGUGAAGUUCCUUAUGGAAUGCUAGUCUGGGCUACUGGAAUCACUGAAAAUCCUUUGACACGAUCAAUGUCUGAUCAGGUGAUGAAAGAUGGUUCGGCAAAACGGUUAUUAACUGAUGAAUUUUUAAGGGUAUUGGAUAAAGAAUCCAGCUAUCCAUUUGAUAACGUUUUUGCUCUCGGUGAUUGUGCAUCCAUUAAAGAUUAUGAUUUACCUGCAACUGCUCAAGUUGCGAAUCAAAAGGCUCUUUAUUUACGAAAAACUUUAACACAAGUUGCCAAAAAUAGUGGAUCACUUAUUGGAGUUAAACCUUUUAAAUUUACAAAUUUUGGCAGUAUGGCAUAUAUUGGUAAAAAAGAAGCUCUUGUUGAUAUGACAACUGUAUCUAAACAAAUUAAAGAAAGUGGUUUUCUUGCAUGGAUUUUUUGGAGAUCUUCAUAUCUUACAAUGACGGUUUCUUUACGAAAUAAAAUUUAUAAAGCUUACUCAAAUUACGAACAUCCUCAACCUCCACCUCCGGAAUACCCAACACAAUAUCCGCCACCGCCACCUCCAGAAUCUAAUAGUUAUUACAAAAGUGAUGCCAGUAAACAAUUCUUAUUAUCAAAACUAUGA